AGACUGUGCGAGAAGUCCGUUCAGUCAGACAUUUUGGAAAGAGCGGAACCGCAACAGCUGACAACCUAACUGGAUUAUCGUCUAAAUAUCACCGCCAUCCGUUAUCGUUACACAUCUUCUUCAAUAUAGGGGCCUUCUCAAGGAUAUACAUCGUGGGAAUUUGCAAUCAUCGCUUUCGGCAAGGCGAAUUUCGUCAAGAUGAGCUUCCUUUUCGGAAGUCGGUCCAGUAAGACCUUCAAGCCGAAGAAGCACAUCCCAGAAGGAACACAUCAGUAUGACCUCAUGAAACACGCCGAAGCAACGCUCGGCAGCGGGAACCUCAGACUGGCUGUCGUUCUACCUGAAGGAGAGGACCUCAACGAAUGGGUCGCUGUCAAUACGGUUGAUUUUUUCAACCAGAUCAACAUGCUGUAUGGCACCAUCACAGAGUACUGCACGGAGGAGAGAUGUCCGGUCAUGUCAGCUGGGCCCAAGUAUGAGUACCACUGGGCUGAUGGUACGACCAUCAAGAAGCCAAUAAAGUGCUCAGCACCCAAGUACAUUGACUACCUCAUGACUUGGGUACAGGAUCAGCUAGAUGAUGAAACAUUGUUUCCGUCCAAAAUUGGUGUGCCUUUCCCAAAGAAUUUUGCCUCCAUAGCCAAGACCAUCCUGAAGCGACUUUUCCGCGUCUACGCGCACAUCUACCACCAGCACUUUCAGGAGGUGGUACAGCUCGGGGAGGAGGCACACCUCAACACCUCCUUCAAACACUUUGUCUUCUUUGUGCAAGAAUUCAACCUGAUAGAGAGGAGAGAACUAGCUCCUCUCCAUGAACUUAUAGAGAAGCUGACACAAAGGGACAGGGAGAAGUAUCCAGAGAAAAAACGAUAAGAUAGGUGAGGGGAGGGAGGAAUUUGGAGCCAGUCUGUAUAUUCUUGAGUUCUUACAAACGUAAGGUAUCGGCAUUGGAAGGAGGUUUAGCCGCAUACAAAGUAACUGGUGUGACUUUGAAUCAAAGUAACAUUUUGUGGGGACAAUUUUUUGGAUCCAUUAACUGGACAGUUGCAAUACAGAAUACCACAUCAACAGCAUUCUUUAUUGGAAACCUUAGGUUGCACAAGUUUGUGAUUUCCUGUAAAAAAGAAACCAUAUCUGCCAAUUUAAAGGCUCAGGGAUGGUUAUGGUUUGUUGUGAAAAUGUUAUGUUUAUUGUUUUGAGAGCCGAAAAAGGUACCUUGUGAGGAACAUGGUGUAUACAUAUUGGCUUCUAGAUAGGUAAUAUAGAUGUUAUUAACCAGAAAUAUGGUUAGUUGUACAUUAAACUUGUAACGAUAUUAAUAAUAAGGCUACCUAGAGAUGUAUAAUGGAAUAUAUUUUCAGAAGACAGGGAAGAGAGGAUACAACAGUGGCCAUACAGAUAGUUGGUAAUAUUAACCCCCAUGAGAGUGUGGAGGUAUGCCUUAGGUAGUGAAGCCCUGGGAUAUCAAAGUAAACUUUAAUCUCAGGAAUUGGUAAUAGAUUCCGUAGGUAGACAGAAACAAGAAGCAUUUUUGAAAGGGCAGGUUUACCAAAUUCUAUAGUACAUGACGUAGCAGUACAGUAGAAGGUUUAGCCAUGAAUACAAGAUUGUGUUUCAAAGAAAUGGUAGAUGUCAGUCCUAAAGGACAUAUUGUGAAGAUACAUCAAGUACUUGCUACGCAAACUGUCUUGCAAAACAUGCAAUGAAGGACUUAAUUCCUUCAUUGAUUGAAAGAAUUCGGCCUUUCAUCGCAAUGAUUCUAACACACGCAGCAACUGUUACAGCAGCCAAUUCCUAAUGAAAGAGGAUUCCAGAAUAUAUCCACCCAUCACAGAAAAAAGUUUGAUCCAGUAGUGAGGCAUGAUUUUAAUUUGCACUUUUCCUGGUGACGAGUGUAGUUUGUAAUUAUCAGAUGAGGAGCUAACGUUUUGUUUACUGUUGCAUGCAAUAGUAAAAAUGGACACAGAAUUCUUCCAUGUGGUCCACUGCAGAGAUGUUGUAGACUUAGACAAGAGAUUAUUACUAAAUUGGAUACCCUAGUUGCUGGUAACUAGGCAUACAGUUGAAUUUCCCUGUAAUACGUCAGUGUUACAUUAGUUUGGUAGUGUCGAAAGUCAGAGUGUAAAAGCAGCAGUUUAUGCUAAAAACAAACUACAAAGGCGCUUCACGUUUUUUGGUCUCCGGUUAUUGUUAUUCAUGAUACCAUAAGGUCUUGUUUUGGUGAUGGAUGUGUAGACUUCAAAAUCUGUUAAAAAAACUUACUUAAAAAAAGAAUUUUGAAUGUGAUGUUACAAUGUACAAAUGUAUUCUCUUAUGUUACUGUUUUUCCUCUUUCCCAACAAUUUCUGAUGGCCUCUUACUGUAUAUAGCAAGGCAAAGAAUCUAUUUUUAGGUCGGAAGAGUUUCGGCUACAAGCACACCACCAGUUGCAGUGCUGCUGCUGCCUACAUGUUCAAGAUUGUUCACUGCCAAAUGUGCUACAGUAUAUCAUAUAAGUGCUGUGCUGAUUUCACAUCUGUCUUAUCCUUCUGUAUAUAUGUCCUGUAAGUUAACUAAGCUUACUUUUUUAUUGUCCCUGAACACUGAUAUAUAUUAACUAUAUUGUUGCUCUUCAUCCAAAAUGAUUGAGUGUUUUAACAACAGUCAUUCAUUGCGACGUUUUAGAAAUAUAAUGUAGGUACAAUGUAUGUGUUUCACUGCACAGUCUUGUUACUAAGUUAAUCUCUAAUACACUGCUUUGGUUGUUGAAAAAUACUAAAAAUUGGCCAGUUAGUAGGGUCCCAAAAAUAUUGAUAUCUUUGUUUCCAGCAGAUGUAAAUUUAGAUGGAACAUAUGAAUUGAACAAAGGGGAAAAUUUCAGCUAUGUUGAUUACUGCAGACAGAACUGUACAUCGUCUGGAACUCUGGAAACAUGUCAUAAAAAGUUGAACUAUUGGUUAAAUGCAUUUGAUCAUGUAAAAUCAUAUUCAAAACCAUUUUAGUUGGUUUUGGUGAACAAUAUCUUGUUCAUGAAAAGUCCUACAGUUGAAAGUCAUGAAUUUCACUGUACCAAACCUUGUUACACAUAACAUUCCAUUUUAGUCCAGUGCAUAGUCCUAACACAUAUACAUAGGAGUGCCUUACUCAAAGGACUAGUCAAUGACAAGGAAAAUGUUUUGGGUACUUUUGUUCAUCGCAAGAAUCUUGUUUGAUGAAAAAUGGAUAUACCCGAUGACUCAUCAGAAAUAUUUAAACAGAGAUCACAGGAUUUCUGUGUAUUUCAUACAGGUUUCAGUACUACCUGGGUAUCUUCUGUCACUCCGUACAAAAACAUAGCCUCAGCAUAUUGCCUGCACACCAUUGAUUUGUGUUGGCCACUCCUACAAAAAAUACAAAUGCUGCAAUAUUUUAUCCAGGUAGAGGCAGAAGUGGUGGAUAAUCUCUUUGUUCAUGUUAUAUCAUGAUCUUAAUAAACCCCAAGUUAAGAUGA